CUGCCAUCCAAUCGGAGACUCACACAAGGAAGCGCCAGGUCAAACUUGCCGAAAUGCCACCAAAAGGGAGCAAACUCCAAUCGGGCUCAAAGCAAAAGACUGCCAUCCAAUCGGAGACUCACACAAGGAAGCGCCAGGUCAAACUUGCCGAAAUGCCACCAAAAGGGAGCAAACUCCAAUCGGGCUCAAAGCAAAAGACAACAACAAAGCAAAGAGUCAAAGGCAAAAAGCUGCCAGUCAAAGCUGGGCCAGCUAAAGAAAUGACCGGCACAUUACAAGAAGCCCGCCCAUCCCAGACAAAGCGGAUGGCUGAUACAAGGCAAGAUGCCACCAGAAAGAGGCAGCGGCUUGCAAAGGGCGCCAGCAGACAAUCUGGCGCAAGCGUCAAAAGGGAACGCAAAGGCAAAGCCAUUCAGGUCUCGGCCAAGGCCACCGAAGUUAAAGACGAGCCAAACCCAGAGGCCUUCAUAAGGAAGCAGGAGAUCAAAGAUCAAGUUUCAGUCGAGACUGUGCACAAGAGAGGCAACAACAAACAAUGUGCGGCGGCGGCGGCGGCCCAACCGGAGCGUUUAAUAGGCCAGUGUGAGAAAACAGUGCCACCUAGAGGAGGUUUGGGAGACAAAUCAUCAGUGGUGCCAGCUUUUCUGAAACCAAAGACUUCUUUCUUGGUAGACCAAGUGAAAACCAUUCUCUUAAGUGCAACAAGCAGAGCCACCUUUGAGACCAAAUAUGAGAAGUUUGCCAAGAUCGGCGAAGGGGGCUUUGGUUCAGUCUAUGCUGGUCACAGGAAAACCGAUUCUAAUCCAGUGGCGAUCAAAUACAUCCCCAAGACAAAAGUCAAAAAUGUCCCGUUGAGCAUCAAUGGAAAAGUGCAGAAAGUCCCCUUGGAGGCCGUCUUCAUGCUGCAAGCAUCCAGUAUCAAGAAUUCAGAUGGGAAAUCUGCAGUCAUAGCACUGCUGGAAAUCUGCGAUUUGGAGAAAGACCUUGUUCUAAUUAUGGAGAGGCCCGUCCGCUCGGUGGCAUUGUCCACAUACUUGAUGUGGCGGACACUCCUUGAGGAGGAUGAGGCAAAGUAUAUCAUGAAGCAGCUGGUAGACGCCGCCAUCAAAAUGCACGCUGCCAACAUCUUCCAUCGAGAUCUAAAGCAGGAAAACAUUCUACUGGAGGCCUCACCCGGCGUCACUCGAGUGCGGGUGAUAGAUUUUGGCUGUAGCUGCUUAGUUAGCAUGGAACCGUACCAUGACUAUUUUGGAACCUUGAAAUACGCUCCUCCAGAGUAUACCCACAAGCGUCCGUAUUGCGCUGGUCCGACCACAGUGUGGCACCUGGGUGCGCUACUCUUUGAACUGCUGGACGGGAAGCAACGAUUUGACACCUGCAUGUUCCUUUCUGAAGGCCUUAAACUGAAUAGGGAUUUGUCUGAAGAUUGUGAAGACUUUUUGUGGCUGUGCUUGAGUUUAGACCCAACUCAACGGUGCACGCUCGAGCAGAUGCUGUGGCAUCCAUGGCUACUCUGAUAUCUUCCGACUUCACGAAUAUCUUUUUUCUUUUUUUUUAACAUGAACCUAACGGGUGAUUGAAUCUCUUGCAAUGUAAAUAAGUCGUUUUUUGGUAUGGAAUGGACAAAUAAAUAUUGG